UUCCGCUUUGUAGAGUGACGAUCUACGGUGCUUUCGCGCCAGCAUGUGUAAUGUGUGACCGGUAUUGUGGCUUAUGAUUAUCAUUAUUUAUCCAGUUGAAGUGAAUUAUUCACCAUGAGUUUGAGGCGUACUCUUGCUCAUAAGGCUCAUAGAGGUAGCAGCCGACAGACAGUGACAAUGUCGACAGGCAAGCGUCUAGCGAAACGCUCGAUCGUAGGCACACGAGUGGUAGCGCCUGGUGAAGACGGGCUGCUCCACUGUGGCGUAAUACAGGCGGUGAAGUCGGUCGCCGACGACCAGUGCGGCGGCGGCAAUCGCUACACGGUGCGACUGGAGUCGUCGCGUCGCACGGCCGUGUUUCGCGACUGCGACCUGAUCGGGCCCGGGUUCGGCAGUGUGCAGGGACUCACCCUGCAGCCGGGGCAGCGGGUCUUUCUCACUUACAACGGGCGCGAGGUCGCCGGCAACGUCAAGACCCAUCACACUCAGAGUGAUGAGGUUGUCGUCGAGAUAUGUCCACCUGGAACUGAGGGCGCUGUUGAGCUGAAAAAGCGACUGGACGAAGUCCGGUUAUUAGAAUCGCGAAAAUCGGCCCGAUUAAUGGACCAAGACACUGAUUUCGCCCGAUUGGCCGAUAUCGGUGAUCGUAAACGAACCUCCUCGCAUUGCAUUGACGUGCCUGCGGUUCAUGGAUCACGGAAAAGACGUCCAAGUACAUCUCAGGAUGAAAAUGUCAUUGGCAAGGAGGGCGAAAGCCUCAUGAACGAAUGCACGGCGGCUCUAGUUCUUAUGAGCCUAUCCUGCAGUCCCCAUUCCCCUAGUCUAAACGUUUGGAACGGCCGAGUGUCACCCAGUCCGUCGUUGACCGACUCUUGGCGUUCAAGCACGCCGUCACCGCCCCUCAGCGAAGGCGGCUGGGCCAACACCUCCACCACAGACGAAGGAAUCGUCAUUGACGACGAUUUCGACGAACUACCUCGCAAGAAAAAGGUCAGUUCUACACUCAAAAACUAUCAAUUUAGUAUGUUUUUAUUCAUAAAAUGUGUAAUAGUUACUGUGAUAUAUUUAACGAGUGUGCAGAAAAAAUUACUCUAUAGUAUUGUUGGCUCUAAAAGGGACAGACGCCGCGACGAUGAAGGUUGCAUGGACGACGACCACGAGGAGGAAUUCUACUACACGGAGGUGGAGUCGGGCCUGACCUCGUCGCCACCCACCCUGUCACACCGCGACAUGGCGCGACCACCCCACGAGGACCCCGAGUACCAGCGCAUUCUGCACCAGCAGAUGAUGGUGGCGCAGUCGGCACCUCUUCAGCACCAGCUGCAACCCACCAGCAAACCCAUCUCGGUGCUGGCGCCCGUCAACGGCAACCACGCCACUGCUCUGCUCAGUGCUCAGUGGUCGCAGGGUGCACCCUCACCGAAUUCGCCUCAGAAAUACAUGAGGCUGUCCUCGUCAGUGCCAGCUAAGCAGCCCAACUCACCCACGCGCAAGGCACGCGGCGACACCAAGAAAUGCCGAAAGGUGUACGGAAUGGAGCACCGCGAACAAUGGUGCACCCAAUGCAAAUGGAAAAAGGCCUGCACCAGAUUUGGUGACUAGGGCACCAACAAAUUGGUGCGUCCCAACCUCCAAGAUCAAAUCUAUGUGAACCACUUCAAACAUGUCCUGCGACAUACAUGACAAAACUGUAAAAGUACAAUACGUAUUGCGAUUAUUUCAAAUAGUUAUUAUUAUCAUUAUACAUCAUAUAUAUUAAUAUAUAUUUUAUUAUAAACCUAUAUUAUUAUCUUAAUGUAUUCAAAUACUGUAUUAUCCACAUUGUUUCAUAUUAUAUAAUAUGGUGAUUAUCAUACUACAAUUUUAAUGUAAAUAAUAUUGAUAUCAUUUGAACCCAUGUUUUGUCAGCUGGUACUUGAAUACUGUUUUAUUACAUGUACAUACAAAAUAUUGUUUAUCUUGUUGUAAAUUUUCAUUGGUAUAUGUGUAUGUUGAGCUGUGCAGUUUUAUUUGUUGAAUCUGUUGAAAGUAUUUGUCACCGUUAAGCCAGUUACACCACUACCUCCGUAAACACUACCUUUGUUUACGGAGGUCGUGAUUACACACACAUCGAUUUUUGUUCGUACAAUUUUUGCCGUCCUUAUGAAUUCUAUUAGAUUAAACAGAUGAUGGAUGUCAAGCAGAUAAUGUUUGUCGAGUUACGUUCAAUCUAAUAUAAUUUAUAAGAACGGCAAAAAUCGUACGAACAAAAAUUGAAGUGUGUAACUGGCCUUACAGUGAGAUUUAACUUCCGACUGUCAGCAAUGGUUAAAUGGGGAACAUUGAUGUUUUCAAUAAAAAACUGCUGACAGAAUGAAGUGAAAAACCUCGUCUUGGAUUUAAAUUCGAUAUAAACACCAUAUAUGAUAAACAGUGCUUGAAUUAGCUGUGAAGUUAUUGUUUUAAAAAUUCUCAAUAAUUUCAAGUUUCAAACUAUACAAAAACUAAUCAACUUUUUACUUUACAGUACUCUCAUCUUUUAUGCAUGCAGUAGAGUUCCGAUCAUCCGACCGCGGGAAGGUUGGAUAACAGGGAAAAGUUUUACAAAGUUGAAAGUUUUGAAUUGAUUUUGCUCAUUUGAAGCUUUUUAAUUAUGCAAUAACUGAAUAUAAUGUGCUCAAUUCAUCACUUUGCACCUGUGAUAAAGUGCUUAAAUACAUCUCACAUCACAUUGUAAUGUUAAACAUUGAAAAUGUACCAUUAAUUUCAACCCGGUAAGAACCUUCUUAUAUGGACGGUCGGAUAAAACAAACGGCUGCUUAAUCGAGAUUCUACUCUAGUAAGGAGUUUAAUCGUUUUUGUAUUAUAUAUCAAAACAAUUUGUCGAUUACCAAAACUAUAUCCUAAAUUUGUCUUAAGUAACUUCUAAUGCAUUUUUUCAAAUUUUAUUCUUACAGUAUAACAUGAUAUUCAGUAAUCAAAUGCUCUGUAGUUGCAUAAUUUAUUAUUUAAUUUCAAAAAGAACUCCCAUACAUUAUUCUACUGUAGGUUUUAAACGUAUAUCUCAAUUUUCAUUUCAAAUUUUCCAUGUGUAAAUCUGUUUAUUUGUUUUGUUUCACCUUUUACUUCCUAUUUUAAGAUAAAAUCUGUAACGUAUAUUUUAAUGCUCUGUAGUUGUGCAUGCUAAACUCUUCAUAAUUGGUUUUAGUUUUUCAUACAUUGUUCUUCUAAAAUAAUUUUAGAUUUGUAACAUAUAUUUAAUAUUUGAUAUAUUAAUGACUUGAAUGCUCAUACCCACAAAGACAGCUGCUAUAAUAAGAUAAUUCAUUUCUCUGAUAACAUUAUUAGGUAGGAGGCUAGGAUUUUCAUGAGAAAUCUGAUUCAUUCUACUAUGGAUCUCCAUAAUUAUAAUAAAUUUCCACUUCUAAUUUUGGUUAAGAUCAAUUUAUGUUUUUAAAUGGUUGUUUGGUUUGGUUUAAGAGAACUUUGAAAAUCACCUUUUUAUAAAUUAGAAUUUGAUCAUAAUGAUCGCUUCUUGGAUAUUUUCAUGCUUAUCGUAUUGAUAUUAUUACUCCCAUAAGUAGUUUUGGUUGGGUUAACAAAUUACUCUUUUUUGCUAGCGUUAUAAAAGACAUACAAAUCUUAACAAAUUUGAAACAAAUUAUCAAAAUUUUUAAUCGUGCUGACUUGCAUUAAUUUUGACAAUUUUUAAUUGUUGAAAAAGUGUUACUCAAUGUUGAAUCAUUUCAUGUUACACAAGUAUUGAGGAAAACUGUUAAUCCCCCAAUCAUUUUGCGAAACCAAAGAAAAUAGCUCUGUGAAAACUACAAAAAUUUUAGAAAUACUUGAAAUGGUAUUGAAGUUUUAAAUUUGCUAAAAAAAUCAAUGUAUUUAUCCUCAUUCAAUGUUCAUUGGUAUGUUUAUCAAUGUUAUUGUUCUCAUUAAGAAAAGUUUUGUGUCCAAUCAAAGGAAUUUUUACUGAAAAUUUUUGAAUAUUGUCUCCAUUAAAAUGUAGAUUUUACAUUACAGUACUGUGUUGACAAUAUCUUAGUUCAAUUUCCCUUUGAAAAUAUCAGAAAGCUAGUUUUUCUUGCAAAGACCAAAAAUUUAAUCUAAUAUGGUCUUUAAUUUUGAAUAAUAAGUUUGAAUAAUCUCAUCACAAGAAAAAUCAUUGAAGUAAAUGAAAGCUGCCAUUUUCUUUGUUUUUGUAUAUAUUUCGUUUUGUAAAUAUAAAUUAUCUCUUUCGAUCUAGCUUUUCAGUGAAUGUGGAAAGCUUAGAUAUAUUUGGGGGCUCUUGUUUACUUUUCGGCAAAGUAAUGUAUUGUUAGUGUUCUUGAUCUCAUUGAAAAAAAAACGAGGAAAGCCAAAUGUUGCUGGUAAUAUUGUAGUUGGUUUUGAUUUUGGAACUUGUUUCUUUUAGAAAUAAUUGACAGUAUUGCGAGAAAUUUCUGUAGGAAACUUUCAGCUAGAUACUAGCAAGCAAGCUUGUACAAGCUGAAUAAAAUUUCUCAAUGGAGAAAAAUUUAUUUUCCCAGAAGUUUCUCAAAUCGGGUCGUAUAAUUUUAGAAAUGAAAUUUCCCUUUCAUUUGUGUAGACUUUCUAUGGAAUUAUCCGAAAGAUAUCUUGAUGGUAGUCAUAAAUGAGUAUGAGAUUUUUCUGAACUAUCUCUUGACGGUGUUGGACUCAAACUGUGGACUAAGUUAUCCAAAAAUACAUACAACACUGCCAGAACAAAUCAAUCACUACAAAUGUAAAAUGUGAUAAAAUUGUUUGCAAAAUAUAUAUUAUUGUUAGUCUGAUGAAAAUAAUUUUAUAGAGUAUAAUACAUAUAUUGUGUAAAGUGAUCCCAUUUGAAAAGAUGAUCGUAAAAUACUUCAACGCAUUUUUUCUGUGUAAGCAAUGAAAUUAAUUGAAAGCAGACUGUAAGAUAACCUUUAUAUUCCAACGGUUUUGUUUUAUUAAUGCAAUAAUAAUAUUCAUUAGUUGUUUUAUUUCUCAAAUAAACACAAUAUUGAUCUCGCGAUUAAAUCUCCAUAUUUGGAUUGAUACAGUACAUAAAUACUCAGUUACCAGGCAAGAAGUUGGAACAUAUUAUCAAAGCUUACAAUAAGACUAUAGAAAUAGAAAAAUGGGGAAUGAAAUGAAUAUAAAGAAACUCACAAACUUAAAAUAAAAUAAGUAUUAAUUAAUUAUAAUAUUAUUAUUAUCUUCUCAAUCUAUUUUUCAUUCAGUGUAAUGUUAUUUUGAUUCUAUAAUACCUAUGAAUUAAUUAUUAUUGUAUUAUUUUUCGUCUGAAUUAAUCUUAUAUGUUAUUGUAUUAAUAUUGUGUUAUUUAUAGUAGAUAUAAGUUUUCUGUUUUAGUUUAUUGUCCAUGUAUCAAUAAUGUUAUAUUAUGAUUAUGUAAGACUUGGUUAUGGUGAAUUCGAUCUGGUACUGUUUGUUUUCUUAUAAACAACAAUAUUUAAUUAUUUCCUUUUUCCACUUAAAGAAAAUCCAUAUCAAUUUUUUUUAAGCUGCUUCUUUUAAUGAAUCAUAUAUUACGAUUUAUUAGUUGCUUAGCUAUUCAAGUAUUUCCGCAUUAAUUGAACACCUUUUUAGAUGAAUAUCCUGAUUCUUCAACUAUUUUUAUGACGUUGCAACCAAUAAGUUUUGAUUAAGAUUCUUCAAUAAUAUUGUAAUCAAUUAUUCAUAUUUCUAUACUUUAUUAUUAUAUAUUUAGAUCGUUUCUCAUGUACUGUAGUUCCCUAUGCAAUCACUCUUUAGAACAAAUUAUUUCAAUAUUAGAGCGUUAUUUCUUGAACAUUGUCAAUUUUUGUCUUUAUUUUGGGGGUUUUAACUAUUUUUAGAUUAUAAUAAUCUCUCUCCAACUUAUGUUUUUUUUAGUAUAAAACAUCUAUGAGUUACUAAUUUCUGUUGGCAUUAUGUUUUGUUACGAAAUUUUGUCAGGGAAUUGAUUAGUCAUUUUAAGUAGAUAACUGGAAUUAUCUAAAAAUGGCUUUGUAUAGUUUGCCUAAACAAAAUGUAUGUUUCUCCAAAGCAUUUUUGUAAACUCACAAUAACUUGUUUGUAAUUUUACAUUUAUUUUUUGUAAUGUUACACUCACAUAGACUAAAUUUGAAUGUGAAUAGUUCAUAUUGGUCUAUCUAUGGUGGGUAUGUUACCUGUGACUUGACUUGAACAUUAUUAUUUUGGAUCAGCAAGAAAGUAUCAAGUUCACUUGCAUUCCAAAAUUUUUAAAACAAAACUAUAAUAUCAGUGAAAUAAGUUUCUCUGUAUCGAUUGAGAUUACUUUCUGCUAUAAUCUCAUUAUUAGAAACCCACCAUUUAAACUUAUGGUUUUUUACUGCCGAAUAAUACAUUUCUAAUUAAAUGUUCAAUUUUUAAGAGAAACAUUUUUGUCCAGAUAGAGAAACUUAUCCUUUUUAAUUUAUUCUAGAGUAUUUCAAAAAGCUAGGAACGUUUCCUAGACAUCAUUCUGGAAAAUUCAAUAUAAUUUGGAAUCUUUUUCAAUUAUACAGUUUCAAAGUAUAUGAUUGUAUUUUUGUUGUAUAAAAUAUUGAAUUAGUUCAGAAUAAAACAUAUAUUUUUGUUA